AAUAUGCUUUUGGCCGGUUGAUCCACAUGCUUGGUGGUUGCAUCCACGUUUUCUUAAUUAUAUGAUUCUUUCUUUCCCUUGGGUCAUUUGGGUUUGUAUUCUCUCCUACUCUCACUUUCUUUAGAUUUCAAUUUCAAUACCCAGUGCUUUGAUUAUACACUUUUUUGUGUUAGAGGAAUUAUGGAGGUCAAAAGCACAAACCAGAUAGAGGCAGGCACUGAUUCCAAUUAUGACAGAAAAGCUGAGAUAAAAGCAUUUGAUGAUUCAAAAGCUGGUGUUAAAGGUAUUGUAGAUUCUGGGGUGAAAAAGAUCCCACGCAUGUUCCAUUCUGGCAAGUUUGUAGACACCACUGAAAACUCAACCAGUGAUUCCAUGUUGAGUGUUCCCAUCAUAGACCUCAGAGACAUACACAACAGUCAAGCUCUACAUACAGAAGUUGUUACCAAAAUUCAAAGUGCAUGCCACGAGUGGGGAUUUUUCCAAGUGAUUAAUCAUGGAAUUCCAAUCAGCGUUAUGGAUGAGAUGGUUGAUGGAAUCCGUAGGUUUCAUGAACAAGAUGCUGAUGUUAGGAAACAAUUUUACACUCGAGAUUUAAAAAGUAAAAUCAUAUAUAAUUCCAAUACUAGUCUGUUCCGAGACAAAUAUGCUAACUGGAGAGAUACAAUUGGAUGUUCUAUGGCUCCUUAUCCACCCAAACCUGAAGAAUUGCCUGCAGUAUUUAGAGACAUUAUGAUUGAAUAUUCGGAGAAAAUAAUGUUACUGGGUUGUACAAUUUUUGAGUUAUUGUCAGAUGCUCUUGGCCUUCAUCCAUCUUACCUCAAAGAAUUGAAUUGUGCUAAAGGACUUUUUAAUCAGGGUCAUUACUACCCACCAUGCCCUGAACCUGAAUUAACUAUGGGCACGUCCAAGCACACUGAUAGUGACUUCAUGACAAUAGUUCUACAAGACCAACUGGGUGGUCUUCAAGUUCUUCAUAAGGAUCAAUGGUUUAAUGUUCCUCCUGUGCAUGGAGCUCUUGUUGUAAACAUAGGAGAUCUUCUACAACUUAUAACAAAUGACAGUUUCGUUAGUGUUUAUCAUCGGGUCUUAUCAAGUCAUAGAGGGCCAAGAGUUUCAGUAGCUAGCUUCUUUGUAAAUUCUCGUGAUCCAGAUGAAGUUACACCAAAGGUUUAUGGUCCAAUUAAGGAAUUGUUAUCAGAAGAAAACCCACCAAUCUAUAGGGACACUACCAUAAUUGAUUUCAUGGCACAUCAUUUUGCAAAAGGGCUUGAUGGGAACUCUGCCUUGCAGCCUUUCAGGUUGUGAAAAGAACAAAUUUCGACACCAAAAAAACUUGAUACAAACUUAUGCACUCUUGAGUCUUGAUUCUCGUGGAGCUUGCUGUAAUGUUAUUAUUACU